UGGACGGGGCGGCGCUGGCCCGUGGGAGGCGCUGAGCGCGGCCCCCGCCCUGGUCCCCAGGAGAACGGGCGGAAGGAGUGGCUGCAGGUGGACUUCCGGAAGCUGAUGAAGGUGACCGCAGUGACCACGCAGGGCGCGCGCUCCGUCCUCACCAGCAUGUACGUCCGCGAGUUCGCGCUGUCCAGCAGCCGCGACGGCCGACACUGGACCUUCGUGCGCCAGGCGGACGGCGUGAAGAUCUUUAAGGGGAAUCGAGAUCACUCGAGCCCGGUGGUGAACCCCGUGGAACCACCCCUGUUUGCCAGAUUCCUGAGGAUCCACCCCUGGAGCUGGGCCAACCACAUCGCCCUGAGGAUGGAGGUUCUGGGCUGUGACACUCAGCAGAUGGCCUGAAGGCUCCGCCGGCCUGUCCCUACCGCCACUUCCUCUUCCUCCACCCAGCCCUUAGUGACUGUGGCUGGGCCUGCCUGCCCCGAAGCCCUGCCCCGGGCCUCGCUGGGGGUGGAGGCCAGGAUCUGGGACGAUUUCUCACAGCCCAUUAAACCCCACUGUUU